CCAACAGGAAUCUGGAGACCGCGGACUCGGAGGUGUGUCGUAAAAGCUAUUGAUCUUUUGGCGGGAAAGAUUUUGAUGGAGAAAUUUGUAAGAGUUAGAGAAGCCGAGCAAGUAGAAUGAAGCGAAACGGUCGAACUUCCUCUGGAAGCUCAAAAGAGAAGAAGAGGUUUGAUCUUUCAAUGGACUCGAUUAGUCAGCUGCCGAAUGAUAUUCUAGUUUUCAUCCUUUCUCGUCUAACACUGGAAGAAGCAGCAAGGACUAGUACUUUGUCACACAAGUGGAGAUUCUUGUGGGCUUAUAUCCCUUGUCUGAAUUUUGAUGCUCAAAAAAAGUUGCGUGAUUUACAAUUUGCAGAUGGGAACUUGGAAAGUGACAGACGACAAUACGCAAGAUGGGUGAGUCAAGUCAUCAACUCAUACAAGGGUCCAAAUUUAGAAACAUUAAUAAUUCGAUUUAAUUUGGAUUCAAGGUUUCAAUGUGAUGUUGAUAAAUGGGUCCAAUUUGCAUUCCAGUGGAACCUUAAAAUGUUUGAGUUGAACUUCUCGGAUUGUUAUGAUUCUGGACAGUACGAUCCUUGUUUUUUUCCACAAUUAUCUAAUGGACCAAAUGAGCAUUUCCCAAGAGUUAUGUUUUCUAAUUCCAGUUCUCUUACAACCCUGAAGUUAGUAUCUAUCAAUGUGGGUGGAGAAGUUCUGGAGUGCUUUUUGACCAACUGCCUUCUUCUUGAAGUACUGUGUGUCGAGUAUUCUCAUAGCCUUGUGAAUCUUAGAGUUGUCGGUGCAUCGCUUAAAUUAAGGCAGUUAGAUGUAUACAUGUGCAACUACCUGGAGAGUUUAGAAAUUUCUGCACCAAAUCUUGAAUCUUUUAAAUAUGUUGGGCCGUGGUUAGGCAUGCCCAUGAAGAACGCACCCAAGCUCCUUGAGACACAUUUUGGAAGCGAGUUUGGUCUAGAGAUAGUCGACAAUUGUUUUCUGCUCUCGAGCUACUCUUCACGGCUGCAGAAACUUGUUUUGGACCUCGAGGUCGACUUCAUGGAAAACCAAGGACGUCGUGAGUGGCCUCUUUUGGCAAAUCUCAGGGAACUGGAGUUGAUAGUGCUAGCUGAAGGUCAUUCAACCCUUCUUGGCUUCACUUCCCUGAUAGAAGCAUCCCCUUGCUUGCAAAAGUUUUCAUUGAAGCUUGACUAUAACGAUAUGUUUGAACAGCGAGCACUAGGCAUGGUACCAAAAAGCCCCCAUCAACACCUCAAAGUGGUUGAAUUGGUUGGAUUUGUUGGGAAACCAAUCGAUUUGGAGCUUGUCCAGUAUUUGUAUGAGAAUGCCAUUGCACUUGAGGAGAUCGUCUUCGAUACGCGCAAGCCGAGAUACAUGGGAACCAUAUUUGAAAAUGAGCAAAAUCCUGAGACUCGAGCAGGGCAAAAGCGCGCGAGCAGUCUUCAAUCGAUUCUCUUUUCCGGAGUGAAGGUAACCAUCAUUUAGAUUUGGAAUCAAAAUUCUUGGAUGGUAACUCUGUCAAUAUAGAACACCCUUUUUUGUAUAGAUGAGGUAGCUUGGAGGAAUCUAGUAUAUGAAACCGUAUAGAAAGCUUUGCUUGCAGUCCCUUUUUGUUACGUACAUCCAAGAAGUUUUUGAGCAAAUAUUUUGGCAGUUAAAUCCUUACUCUCUUCACUGUCGUCUUUGCCUCUAUUGUUUAAGGAAGGACCUCUUCUAACCCAAACUAUGAAAAACAGUUAUUGGGAAAUGCCAAUUAUAUGUUACGUUAUUUCAUGGAAAAUCUACUUUGAUAUUUUUAAACAUGCUAUCAUGGAAA